CUGGGUAAGUAUAGUAGGCAAAUUGUUUAUAUUUAAUGUAUUUAUUUCAUAUGUUUAUCACUUAUUCGCCCCAAACAAAUUGUUUAAAAAUUGUUUUAAAUUUUGGCAAUUUUGGGGGCAAUUAUUUAAAUUUGGCACUGUUUAUAAGAAAAAAGUGUAUCCUCUUUAAAUGCUUAUAUAAAAAUAAAUAUAUAAAAAUUGCCUCGUCCUCCUUAAGAUGACAUUUAGCUCAUGGUUUAGUUCAAGUGACCUAUGACACGGAAAUGUCCUUAAAAAUAAAACACACGUUAAGUGUCAACAUCUUUAAAUUUUAAGUUAACAUACAGCUUUUGCUUUUUUAAACCUUUUUUUAAACCUUUACAGUCGCACGGUUUUCUUGUCAGGCGCGGAUUUAGACUAGGUCAACCCUGUCACGCGAUCUAGUAAAAAAUGCCGAGGAUCGAAAUGGAAUUCUGUCAAAUUUACCGGAAUCUGAAGAUCGAAAUAUUCCGCCUUGUUUUUGCUACUUUUCGUUACUAUCCCAUAACGCGAAUUGGAUCAACCUAUGUUGGCCUGAUCCGUGUUAGCCAGUCUUGGCCCGUGAGGCUUUUACCUUUGACUAAGCAUCAACCUAUGUGGACCUGACCUAUUUUUAGUCAGAAAUUUUGAAGUCAGCCAGUCUUUCCUCUAGGUUAUCCCGUGAAGCUUUCACCGUGGACUAGAAUCAACCUAUGUGAGCCUGACCUAUUUUUAGUCAGACAGUCUUGAACAAACCUGUCUAAAUAGUUUCUAUGUAUUAAUAAGGCUUGUAAGGCGCUUUGGUAUAAACAUCAGUAGGGCAUACGGAAGAUUCUUUUCGUUCUCAACAUGGUUUGCAAGAGCAUGAGAGAGCGUGUAAAGUUAGUUUUCAAAAACGUAUAUUUUGAUGAGCUACCUCAAAUACACGCUAAAUUAAUUAAGUGUUGCAAAACAACUUACUUAUGGUUUUUACCCGAAGAAAUUGCUAUGGAGGGUAUGCCUUCCAUGCCUAUGUGAAAUCAGAGAAGGACAGUUGUACAAUUACGUCGAAGUGAGUUGUUUAUGUUUAUCUUUUGUUGUUUCUAUAUUAGCUAUGCGUUUUUGUUACUAUGACCACCAUAUCGUAGUAGCUUUCAGGGUCGGAUGGAGGUAUAAGCAAGAUAAGCGCGCGCUUACUUUCAAAAACGUAGAGAAAAAGCCCGCACGCGUCUCGUGUGUAUAGUUUUCCUUGUAAUUUUUAGGAAGUCUGGUAAGGAAGUUGUGUUUUUGCUUAUUGCGCUUAUUCACUUUCCCAAACAAAGUAGAUAGAUACUCCUCUGAGCAAGCGAAACGAAAAGCAACUUUGCUUUCUCGCUUAUUAAAGAAUAAGCAAGAAAGCGUGUCAAAGUUGAUAUAUUUGCUUUUUUGCACGGAGAGAAUGCGGAGAUGAAAAACUACUUUGCCAUCGCGUAUAAGCAAAUAAGCAAAAAAAGGCAAGGUAGACAGAAUUUCUCAACCGUAACAAGAUGAAUGCAAACAGUCCACGUUGUUCGUGUUUAUAACCAAUCAACCAAAGAUGGACGGUAGAGUGUCAGUGGAGAUGGUAACUCUCUUUACAGAUCUAUUUUUGUGUUGCUGAUUUGCGAUGAAACCCUGGCUUUUGAGAAUUUUGAUCAACCGCUUGACAAUAUUUUUGUGCAAUGUUUAUCGGAUGGUUGUGAUGUGUAUACAAAGACCAAGUCAAGAGGACUGGCCAUAAUUGAGUAAGCAAAAUGUGUUUCAAAGUCCUUCAUUUGGUCAUCAUUUAAUGUGUGUUUUAUCAAUUUUUAAUGUAGUUGAGGUAUAAUAAUUUUUUACUAAAUGCCUAAAUAGUAACAUAUGCCCAGUUGGAUAUGUGGGGGAUAUUUUGGAAAAACUAUCAAGGUGCUCUACCAACAGAUAUCACCUCUUCUUAAAACCACAAAUAGGUACACAUUUCCAUCAAUCUGUGAAGUUUUGAGAAUUUUGGCUACAAUUUCUGGAACCUCAUGCACUUGUGAGAAAAGUAUCUCUGGGCUAAGGCGAUUAAAGACUCAGAUGCGAAACACAAUGUCGGAGGAAAGGUUGAGCAGCCUAGCAGUUAUCAUGUUUAACAGGUCAAUCACUGUGAUCUCUAAUGAAGUGAUAGAUGAGUUUGCUGAACAGAAAAGAGAUAAAGGCUUUUUGAAAUGUAUAUACUUGCUGAUUGAUUUAUACAUAGUUUACAUGUUUUAUAUAUUUUAGCUAUAUAUUUUUUAUGUAUAUUGUUACUUAUUGUACUUUUUAACGCUGGAAAAAGCCUGAACAAGGUGAUAAAUUUUGUUACUAUUAGGUCCGCCCAUUUGGCGUAUUUUAACGCCCAUUCUGGGCGGUAAUCUCCCCCCAAAAUUUUUUGCUUAGUUACAUAAAAAACCUCGAUCCGACCCUGGCUUUAUUAAUGUAGCUAGCUAGGGAGCUAAAUGCUAUUUUUUUUUAAAUUCAUGCAUUUUAUCAGGUAAGAAUUAAUUUAGCUAUAUAUAAGUGGGAAAAGUGUGCUGGUUGGCUGGCUGGCUAGCUAGCUAGCUAUCUCAGCUUUUGGUGCUGAUUUGGAGCUCUUUGAUUGGUGUUGACUUUUUACUAGUUAUCAAGCUAGCUACCCAAAAUAGUGCUCUGAUUAGAGUGCCUUUUUUAACUUGUCAGCAACAAAAACCUUUUGUUCUGCUUUACGUAGUUUUUCCAUGAGGGGCUGGACCCAACUCAUGUUCUUUUAGGACAAAGGGGGCUAAAACAACUUUCAAAACGACACUUUUUGAUGCUACUUCUAUCAGAUAAAAAGAUAUUCGUCACAGGAUUUUUUUAUAUUUUCUGCAGAAAAGUUGUCUAAGCAUGGCAAAAGUUUAUUGUUGCUUGGACCAAACAGUCAGGGUGAACUGAUAAUUAACAUGUAACAGAAUAUAUAAUUAGCCGAUGCAGGAUAAUUAAACAUCUUGUAAAAAAUCUGACAAUUUUAUUAAUUCUUUGUUUGCCUUUUUUUGUUUCAAUUUGAAAUUUCAACUUUUUGGAUUUGUCAAGCAAAACAAUGACAGAUUCUUUUCUUCAAAAUGAAAAACUGCAACUAAUCAGACUCUCCGAAAAGAAAUUCAAAUUCGAGAAUUUGGAUAAUAAACGAUAAAAUUUGUUGAAUUCAAUAUUAAUCGAUUUCGACACAAUACAUUCUGAAUAUAUCGUCCACAGAUUUUACAGUCAUGUAUCGCCUGCUUAGUACGUUACUUGUUUAAUAAAGAUAUCAAAAGCCAGCUUGAUUAAAUUUAUAUACAUAUUAUAUAUACAAUAUAACUUGUGCAUCACAUGGCAUUGAUUUGUAUAUUUUUAAUUCCCUCUUUAAAUCAAAGAGGCAAAGAGAGGUUAAAGAGAUAAUUAAACAACCUGGUGUUAAUCCAGUUUAUGGUAAAAUUGUGUUCGUGUUUCUCAUUUUUAAAACGUACUUUCUUUUUUAUAUCAGCUGUUAUCCAACCAUGCGCCUUCAGCAUUUUCAAAGAAUCGUUAACAAGAGAGUAAAUUUUGAAGGCCUAAAAACUAAAAUAUUAAAAUGCUAAUAUGUAUUUAUUGCUGAAUUAAUUGAAUAAUAAUUCAUUAAAAUUAAACUUGUUUAAAAGUUAUUAUAUUUGAAUCAUGUUCAUACAUAACAAGAUUUGUAUCCUGGAAUUUCCAGAAUUUUCCAGAUCAGUAUUGAAAAUAUCCAGUUAAAGUUUUUACUAUUAUUUUAGAAUACUAUAUAUAUGUAAAAAUUAUUAUUUUUAAUUUUUUAUAUAUUAAGUUGUAUUUUAACAUUGCAAGUUAGUUACAAUAAUAAUUGAGAAUUAGAUACUAAAUGAUUUGUUUACCCCAUUAUUCUCCGUUUUCAAGGUCUACUUCAAAUUUUUUGAAUCUUCCGGGCUAAUGACGAAAUCUUCAAGCCGCAGGGCUUUUUGUUUUCUAUUUAAAGUGUUUAUACGAGGGCUCCGAUAUUUAUGAGAAUGUUUCGUUUCUGUUAUCAAUGUCUAAAACGUCUGUAUACGAGGUUGUUUUUUGUUCCCGUUUAAACCUAUUUCAGGGUUCGCAAAGCCCGUUUUAGCAAAAGUUUCUGGGGCGCCGCCCUAGGCCCUGCUUGGGGGUGGCUUACAGCGCCCCCCAAGACAUUAUAUUUUAGCUAUAACUUUAUAACUAACAUAAAGAUUUUUGAUUGAGAAAAAAAAAUCUCACAUAUUUUUAUUGCAAAAUUCCUCAGUUGCAAAAUUUAGUUUUUCGAAUCUGUGCACGCACAACGUUGGUCGUAUUUGGUGCGCUUAAUAUAUACAAUGUGAAAUUCCCCGAAAGCUGGGCAUCUCUACAAAACUACGAAGCAAACACUCAGUAAUGUCAGUAAAAGGGAUAUAUUCUGACAUAACUUUAACACAUCCCGUCUACAGACUGGACGAGUCAUCUUUGGACACGGUGGCUCAUUUUUUUGACUUUGCUGCCAUGUCAAUUGACGGGCCAGGACCAACUUGCGACACGGCGUUAAAAUGUAUUUGCAUACACCAACUCCAUUAAAGUGGAAGACAAGCUGCAACUUUCUAUGGCUUAUUUUUGUAUAUGGCUAGUUGGGAUUAAAUCGAGUCAGGCAUUUUAAGUUUGUUUUGGGUAUCAAACACAACACUUGGCAACACUUUCUGCAAGAUCGUUAAUUUUCAUUCGUAACACAGCUGACAAGAUCGUAUUGCAAAUGCAUUUUUCAAAGUAUUUAGAGACUUGCUUUUUGCAUGAUUGGAAAUGUUUUUAACAGGAUUGUUGUGUGCAAUUGACUAGCUAAAUAAUUAUGACUCAAGAUAGAUAUAACAUUCAGCUCAGUGUCGCUAUUUUUUUACGUUAACAUUUCAAGAUAAUCUUCGAUGGAAUUAUUGCAACUUGACCUAUUAUGUAAUUUGAGUGACCGGAUUGCUUUGGCUGGUCUUUAGCCAUGGUUGAAAUAUUUUGUAAUAUAUUUAAAGAAAUAUUAUGAUUUAAUUUAUGUUUUAUGUAAUCAGGAGGGAAACCACAAAGGCAGUUCUAGAGUCUUUUUGAAAUUUUUGCCCAACUAGACAACAGCCUUAUAUGGGGAUCAAACCCACAACAAUUUGGACAUGAGUCCUCAUUUAUCAAAUUUAUUAAUUUCUGCCAGCGAAGGCAGAAUCUUCAAAAUCGCCUGAGAUAGAUAGAUAGAUAGAUAGAUAGAUAGAUAGAUAGAUAGAUAGAUAGAUAGAUAGAUAGAUAGAUAGAUAGAUAGAUAGAUAGAUAUAUUCACAGUUACUCUCCUGACCGAAAACAGUACCGAAUCCUACUGUUUUAGGUUACGUUUUCUACGUCGGUUACCUUUCCUACGUACGACGGUUACGUUUCCUACCCAGCAGUAGGUUACGCUUAGGUUACGUCGGUUACCCACGACAUGGCGGUUACGUUUUCUACGUCAACGCGCAUGUGCAAAUAUUAAAAAUAAAUCAUAAGGGCGGCUUGCGGCGUGAAAGAUACUCUCAGUUAAGGAUUGUUGUUGUUGUUUUUUAAUCAUAUCAAUCAGAUAUAAGAAACAGAAAAGCUUUUUUUCUUUGGUAAGUUUUAUUUUGUCCUUUAACAGUUUUAAAUGUUGUAAAUGCUUAUGUAAAUAUAUUUUUUGUGGGCAACCAAAGUGCAUAGCUAGCUAACGUUUUGUAGCUAGUAACACCCCAAAUAGCAAUCUGAACUUUUUAGGUUUGUUCAAUGAAAUAACAUUAGUAGAAUUAAAGAGCUAUAGCUAUGGUCAUUUAACAAUAGCAUUAUGUUUCUUGGUAGUCUUUUUGUGUAGUUAAGUAUAUUGCUGUAGUGUGUUUUUAUAUAGUCCUUAUUCUCAUGUUGGUAUUUUGAUAUGACCUCUGGAGCGUUUGUUUAAAAGCUCAUUUUAUUUUCACUAAAUUUAUUCUUACUUAUGUUUUUCUUGUUUCUUUAAAGACAAUAGCCAUGCUUGAAGUUGUUUUUCGAGAGACUCACACCUAUUUGUUUUUAAAACAUUUUGUUUAUUUUUCUCUUGUUUUUUAAAAAUAAUGACCAUGCUUGAAGUUGUUUUUCUGGAGACCCCACACACUUGUUUUAAACAACCAGUGUUGUUUAUAGAUAUAUUAUUCCUAAUCAAAAUGAUAUCAAAUCAUAACAAAAGCUGUUAUAAAUUAUUGUUAAAAAAGUGUGUUGUCUGUUGUACCCAUGCUUUCAAAUAACUUAUAUCACCGGUUUUUAAUUUAGUUAAGUACACAAUUAAGCUUUCUUUUAUAUCACACUGCAGUUGUGCUUUGCUCAAGUAUUUCAUAUAUAUUUUACAUUGUCAGAAUAAAAAAAAUCAUUUUUCAAGUUGGAAUUGUCAAAGCAGGUCACAAGAAAAGUAGGAAGCAUAUUUUAUCAUGAGUUUUGGUAAUAGUAAGGUAAACAACAGUCUUUUGUGUGUAUACACCUAUUAUAUAUAUACUAUUAUAUACCUUUUUCUUGUUCUUAACAGUAUAUUUUUAUUUCUAGGAAGUUUUGUAUCGACAAUUAGUGAAAAUAUAUACGUGUACAAUUUCUGCAAAAGUCAAUUUGUGAAAAUAAGUCUUUCCUGCAAAAAGGUUUAUUUGUUAAAAUUAAUCAACAUGAAUUUUUAGCAAAACAAAAAGAUUUCUGAAUCUUGUAAGCAGCUUUAAUUGAAAGCUAUAUAAAUCCCAAAUAAUUUAUAAGGACCUAAACUAAAAUUGCAAACUAAUUCACUGCAAAGCAAGUUGAAAUUAUUCGUUUCAAACAUUUAUUUCAAAAAUAAAUUUUUGAAAUUUUUUAAAAUGACUAAUUUGUGAAAAUUAUUCUUUACGGAAGGUAAUUUUUAAUAUAAUUAAUAUAAACUGGCUAAUAUAAUUAAUAUUAUUAAUAUAUUUAAUAUAAACUGAAUUAUAUACAGAAAUAUCAUAUUCCACAUAUUAUGGAAUCACACAAUCCAUACUCACAUCAUCAUCAUCAUUCUCGGCUUAACGUCCGUUUUCCAUGCUAGCAUGGGUUGGACGGGGUAUAUUAAUGACCCUCUUCCAAUCUGAUCUAGACUGUGUUAGAUCUAAACUCAACUUCCUUUGUAUCAACUCACCUUUUUAACAUAUUUUUAAAACUAUAUGUAGCUGUGUGGAUGUCUUUUUAAUACAGUUGGCACAAAGUGUGUGAAUUUUUUUUUGACAAUGGUAAAUAUAUGUGUAUACAUUUUUAUAUAGCGAAAUCUUCAAGAAUCAUUUGUAUUGGUUGGUACCAUAACAGUUAUUACAAGGAAUGGGACUGAUGGCAUGGCCUAUCCUAUUAUCUUGGGAAAAAAAUGGUAACAAUUGGAAAGUUGAAACAUCGUCUACGUCAAAUAGUUUAGAAAGUAUGUUGAUGAGAGAAAAUAUCAGGUUGAAGAAGAAAAUUUCAGAGCUCGAGAACCAACUUUCAACAGACUCUACAACCUUACCUAUAGAAAAAAACUGCAAAAAAUGUCCAUUACAGUCAUGUGAUAGUUGUGUUACAAAUUUAUCUCGGCACAUGAUAGAAGUACACUAUUGGCCCCGGAGUAAGGCAAAAUAUUGCGUUGGCAUAUACGGAUUGAGGAAACCAGGUGUUAGGUUUUAGGUUGUCGAAACAAAAGAAUGAGUUUGCACCUCCAAGACGUCCACAAACUAUCAAAAGGACCUUACUAUUAUAGUAUGUUGAAAUUAGCCAGGGUGUGUGACGUUGCAUCAAACAACGAAGUACACAUAUGACAUCCAUCCCUGCUAAGCAUGUCGCCACUGAUGAUCGCCACUGAUCCGAAGUAACAGAUUCGGAUAGUGACAUGGAAGAUGACGAAGUGGUUGACUCUGCUGAAAUUUUAGAGAGGUUUGUGACAUAUAAAAUUUCAGUUGAUGGAGGGAAGAGUUGCCAAAAGAGUGCUAUUCAGUCAAAGCAGCAAUUGAGAGAUAUUUGGGCAGCUUUGGAUUUCUCAUAUCCCAGUGAUUUAGUCAGAAAAUAUAAAAUUCGCGACACCUUUUUGACAACGUAUGCCGAAAAGACAAAGGAAUACAAAGCUUUAACCAUUAAACGGUAUAUUUUGUCACUGCCACACUUCUAUGACUUUCUCCUUACUGAGGAGAUCCAUCUACCUGGAAUAGCACCAGAUAUGAUUUUAAGGAUGAAAGUUAGUGUAUCUCGAUGGAGCAAAUCUAAUAAUGUAACGGUAGAGAUACAGCAGCUUGAGAGACAGAUGGAGGAGCAACAAGUGCUUAUCACGCCUGAGCAGAUCCAACGGUAUGAGGAGUCUGCCAGUGCAAAGGAGGCUAUCUCGAUAAUUAAAAAUUUUCGUAGCCCUUACCGAGAAAACACCUUGUCUCGUCAAGAAUAUGCGUGUAUACGGGAUUUUCUCAUAACGGAAAUAACUAUAAUUAAUUGUCAGAGGUCUGGCGUACCUAGCAACAUGAACAUCGAUGAGGUGAAGGCUGCUGUAUUUCGUGAUGCUAAAUAUAUUAUUAAAGUAAAACGUCACAAGACAUUUAGGAAACACGGUCCUGUUAAUAAUCUGUGUACGAGAGAAACCUUGUACCAACAGCUCUUAAUUUUUUUCGAUUCAAUUCGCAGUCAGAUACACAGUGACUUUGAAAAUGUUUUUGUUUCAUAUAAUGGCAAGAUGUUAGAAUCUGGAGCAAUAUCGAAACAAAUUAAUAGCACUUGGAAAAGGUCCGGUGUUUAUGGUGAAAACGAUCCGCCAGUGAGGAAAAACAUCACUUCAAAUAUAUUUCAAAAGUCUGGAUCCACCAUCAUUGAAGAUAAAAAUCCAAGUGAAGCUCCAUAUGUUGCUAGCCUGUUGACGCACUCUGAGAGCACCUCAAAAAAUACUACCGUUUGAUAGAGAAGGAAAAGUAUGCCCUUAAGGGUACAGCUGCCUUGGAGGAAACUUUCAACAAACGUGGCAAAACAAAUAUUUACGAAAAAAAGAAAACGUGGACUGAUGCCGAAGUCGGGGAGUUGGAGACUCUAUUUAAGCAGUUUUUG